AGCCUUAGGCCUUAGGCUUCGCUUUAUUCUCAUGAGCCAUGAGUCGCCCAGACUCAGAGGUGUCCAGGCGAACUUUUGCCGGCCGCUGCUGUACAGGUUUCGGCUGGGCUGCGAGCUGUUCGGCUGUCUUGCUAUUCUCAAUCGUCAUUCUUCAAGUCAAUGACUUGAUUCAACUCUUUUGGCUGGGAACACUGGUCAAUGUCGCCCUCUCCGUGACAAAGAUCAUUUUAGCCCAGGUCACUGUGCAGAAGGCCUUAAUGGCAGAUGCUAUUCACGGCUUGGGAGAUACUGCCGCGGAGGUGGUCACAGCUUUUGCCUACAUAGAAGCGGCACGGCCGCCAGAUAAGGAGCAUCCAUGGGGUCAUGGCAAGAUUGAGUCCAUUGGUGCUGUCAUUGUCACGUGCAUCCUUUUGUACAUAUCAUUUUCCAUGGGCUAUGACAGCAUUACUUCGCUUAGACCCAUGCUGGCGGCUUUCCAACAAGGACGUUCAUGCAACGACUCAGCUACAGGAAAGGAGACGCAGAAAGAGGUUCUCACAGCUAACAGAGAGGAAGAGAGACUGGACAGCUCACCGUGCCAACAUGAGACAGGCCUCAACAGACAACUGCGCCGUGCAGCGAUUGCAGUAGGUGUGGCAUCCAUGGUUUUGAAGGAGGCCCUUUACCAUGCAACGCUUGAUGCUGGCGAGCAAGCCCAGUCCAAGCUUGCAGUAGCUACAGCGUGGCAUCACAGAUCAGACUCUUUAGCAGCUGGUGUGGCGCUGACCUCACAACUUGGAUCAGCUCUUGGUGCUUGGCCGGGGCUGGAUCCACUAGGUAGCGGGGUGGUGGCCGCCAUGCUUGGCCACUCUGCGAUCAACAGUCUACAUGACAGUUUAAAUGACCUGUUGGAUUACAACAGUGCAACAGAUCAUGAGGAAGGUGGGGUAGGCGACAAACAUCUGGCUUGCGGUUCCCGCUCCUUGUUGGCCAGGACCAUCACCGGGGUUCAGGGAGUUAGAAAUCACACUUUGAGGACGCGAAGAAUGGGCCCCUUCUGCCUGGUCGACGUGACCAUCGUGGUCGAUGCUCGAAUUUCAGCGUCAGCAGCCUCCAUGAUCGCAGAGUUGGUGCAUGACCAUGUGAUUCACGAUUUCCGCCCCACUGUGACGGAUGUUUUAGUGCAUGUAGAUCCAGAUGGAAGCCCGCAGUCACAUCGGCUGGAGACCCAUUCUGAGGCAAAUACGAUUGCAGAGCAGGUUGAGACCCUCGACAUGCUCAAUCCUGAGGACAUUGAAGCUCAAACUCGAGCAGCAUUGCUUCAGGACGCAGGAGAUCCGGACCUUCCACAGAUCAUCGAGGUCACUGAGCUCCAUAUCUACUAUCACAUGGAGGACCCGGGACCAGAGAAUGACUGGAAGGUGUCUGCUUGCGUUGAUGUUAAGGUAGAUUUCCGCCUGAAGGGCGACACAACGAUUCGAAAGGCCGCUGCUGCUGGGCGUGCAGCCCGUGAACGAGUUCGAGCGGCACUGCCUGGCAUCGUGCGUGAUGUCGAUGCCAAUUUGCAGUUGGACAUUGACUCGUCAGAGGACCGAGCCCCUACACUUUCCCCAGAGGCUCCCAAAGCCUUAUGUCGCCAUCUCUGGGAUCAUGCUUUGGAGGGUCAUGUCACAACAAACUGCUCCUCAACAGUUUGUCUUUCCAAGUCAUCUGCAACUCAUGACACACAUGGUAGCUGGGGUAUCGAACGGGAACAUUGUGCACCUGCUGCGAAGCUAGCAACUUCCGCUCAAGGUGCACGCCUGGCGGAUCAAGAUCGUCAUCUUCGGCAGGUAAAGCUGAUUUGGGAGCGUGGCCCGGAAGCGAGGAAGGUACGAGCUCCUUACUUGCACACUGCAGGUCACGGAGAAAAGAUCACUUGGAAGCAGAUGCCAAGGUGGCACCCCUUGCUGGUGCACUGGGCUCGCCGGCAGCACGACACAAACUCCUCAGUCCGUGAUGCAGAAGGAUGGGCCAAAUUAGCAUAGUUGUACAGCAACCGACGCAGUCGGCCCACGUGUAUGGCGUCACCUGUCGUUGGGUCAGCUGAUGCUAACGAGCAGAAGCCUCCGCACAGUAGGAGAGCAGACUGGAGAUGAGAUCAAAUCAGAUAUUCCUUAGGCAUCCUUAGGCCAUUAGGCUUGCUUGGCCUUGUUGGGACCGUAGCCAUUGAGUAGUAGUACCCCG